AUGGAUCAACAUUUACCCAUUCUUACAACGCGAAAGAAUAAGAGCAAGGGAUCGAAAAAGAAGCCAUUGAAAGCAGGUCCGGAAGUUGCGAAAAAUGGUAUACCUUACGAUUACAUUGUUAUUAUCGAUGCGGGAUCAAAGGGUUCGAGAGUCCAUGUAUACAACUGGUUGAAUCCUGGGGCGGCAUUUGACAAAAGGAUUGAUUUACAUCAGUAUAAACGAUUGAAAAGCAGGAUAUUACCCUCAGAAGAAGAGGAGGAAUCUGAGAGUGAAGACGACAGCGACGACGAGGAUGACGGUACCAAAGAAAAGAGCAAGGUGCUAUACCCCAAAAUAAGGACAAAGAAUAGAUGGCACAAGAAAAUCACCCCCGGCAUAUCUUCAUUCAACAAAGCCCCCCACAAGAUUGGCAAACAUCAUCUAUCAAAAUUACUUUCUCGAGCAAGCAAGAUUGUACCUAAGGCACAGCAUUAUCGAACUCCAAUUUUUUUGCAUUCGACUGCAGGGAUGAGAUUACUACCACCUACCGAACAGCAACAUAUAUUGAAUGAGAUUUGUUUGUUUUUGGAAAACAAAUCAGAUUUUUUCAUUCCUGAUUGUGCAUCGCAUGUUAACGUCAUUGAUGGUGAUUAUGAAGGACUAUAUGGAUGGCUAUCGAUAAACUCCUUGAUUGGUGCAUUGGACGAUCCAUCUUCACAUCAACAUGGGAAAAACCAUACAACGUAUGGAUUGUUGGAUAUGGGAGGAGCCUCGACUCAAGUUGUGUUCCAACCCAACACCACCGAAAUCGAUGAACACCAAAACAACUUGUACCACUUGGACCUUCGUCAAGUACCUACCCUAGAUGGAAACAAGCAGACUUACAAAGUCCCACAGCAGGCUGAGUACAAUGUUUACUCUGAUUCAUUCUUGGGGUUUGGAAUGUAUCAAGCAAGAAAUAAAUACCUCAAAUCACUUGUUGCUGCCGACGACAAGGACGACCAGUAUCAUUACUGGGGAUUGACUAAAUCCCCAAUCAACGAUCCAUGCAUGCCAAAGGGAUUUACAACGUCCGAUUAUGUUAAUGAUCGUUCGUACGACUUCAUUGGCGAAUCAGAUUUCGAAAACUGCUUGAACCAAAUCUUUCCUGUUUUACAAAACUCGACGCAUGGUGGAGGAGGGCCCAAAAAGAAUUGCAAACAGUUUAGCGAAGGUGAUGAAGUUAGCACUUGUUUGUUGAAUGAGUUGAUUCCAUCUUUUGAUUUUGACGUGAACCAUUUCAUAGGUGUUAGUGGGUAUUGGGAUGCAAUUGAAGAUUUAUUGUUGCAUCAGGAUGAUAACGAGGCUGGCAAGUCAGUACGUGGCAAGGUGAAGGAUCAGAAAAAUACCUACGAUUAUAAGCAAAUAUUCAGCAAAACGCAAAAAGUGUGUUCUGAGUCCUGGUCGAGUAUAUUGGAGUUGAAUAUGAAGAAGGAAUAUAAGGAUCAAUUGAGUGAAGAUGAGUUAUCAACUUUAUGCUUUAAAUCGUCAUGGAUUCUUAACUUCUUGCAUCUAGGCCUCGGAUUCCCCAGAUUCGGUAUCGACAGUGUCACGAAUAGCAACAAAGGAUUCCAAACGUUGCAAUUGGUUGAAAAAUUGGAUGGCUCCUCGUUUUCAUGGGCGUUGGGACGAGCUGUACUUUACGCCAAUGACGAAUAUAUUCAAGCUUACAAUAAUUACACGAAACGGAUAUCGAAAGAUGAUGUUACUGCCGCCGACGGUGUCACUCAACUCAAACGACCAGGGUUUUUUCAUAGCUCAUCGCCAAAUAUUUAUCAAUUUGGAGCUGAGCAAGAUGGCAUAAUGUCAAGACCAGAGUAUACCAAAAUGGAUGCUAGUGAGUUACAUUACUUUGACUAUGAAAUGAAGGAGGAGACAGAUCAUGAGUCCGCGUGGAACCUUGAACCUCAUCGAUGGUUUGGAUUUGUCAUAUUUGCCGUAUUGUUGAGUUUUGUUGCGUGGUUAAUGGUGGGAGCUAGAAACAGGAAGUUAUUCGUUACAAAAGUUACAACUGGAUUUAGAAAGUUGGUGAAGAUGACACCAGGGUAUAGCGAAGCGAAGUAUACUACUGUGUCUAGGGGAGAUGCUGAUGGUCUCGAGGACAUGGAAAUGGGGUUGGAGUUGAGUGAGUUGGACAAAGAUGCUGACAAAGACCAAUUCGAAAUUGGCGAUGAAGCUGAGGGAGAGGAAGGUACCGAGGCUGAUGGUGAACGGCAGAGAAACAGAACUUGA